GAACCAAAAUCUUCACCGCACCACUCGUCUUUGAUACCGUGGUUUAAGUUCGGUGGGUUUUGUUCUUUUCGCCCUUUUUCUUCUCAACAUUGUACGGAUUUGAUGCCGACGACGGAGGCCGGAGACGUCGAGAUGGAUGCCGCCGGCGUCACCAAGGAGAUCAUGUUGUUUGGAGUGAGAGUCGUGGUGGAUCCGAUGAGGAAGAGCGUCAGUAUGAACAACCUCUCUCAGUAUGAGCAUCCUCCUUCUGAGGCCUCCAAUGAAGACAACGGCCGCAACACUAAGAGUAAUGUCUCUGCAGCUGCUGGUUACGCUUCUGCGGACGAUGCCGUUCCUAAUUCCGGUGGGAUUCGCGAGCGCGAACGCAAGCGAGGAGUACCGUGGACGGAGGAAGAGCACAAACUUUUCUUGCAGGGAUUGCAGAAAGUGGGGAAAGGAGACUGGAGAGGAAUCUCGAGGAAUUUUGUUAAGACUCGAACCCCAACUCAGGUUGCUAGCCACGCGCAGAAAUACUUCCUGCGCCGAAGCAACCUCAAUCGUCGCCGCCGUAGAUCCAGCCUCUUCGAUAUCACCACGGAUUCGGUAAAGGUGGCUGCUGAGGAAGAGCAAAUUCAACUUCAAGACAAUUCCUCCCAAUUCCAAUACUUGUUGCCACCUCCACCUCCACCACCUGAAACUGGCAACGUAAAUGGAUAUCAUCCUGUGAUGCCAACUUUUCCUUUGCCUGUUUGCCCUGCAAUUUUACCUGUACCAAUUCCUAUGGACAACCUCCCACUCAGGCAUGAUAACCUGGAGAAUGAUACAUCAUCAACUGCUGAAGUUAUGCCGCUCAAUCCAACCACACCUGAGCUUAACUUGAAUUCUGGAGCUCUUUCUCUUAACCUCGACUCGACCACUUCAUUGACGAAACACCCUGCUUUCCAAGGAAUUUCAAGUAUGAGCAGCGGGGAUAACAUUAUCAGUGUUGCUUAGAAUCACUUUGUUGGCUUGAAUGGUAUGUUGUAUUGAUGAGGAAGGCAAAGCGAUAGGCGACUAACUAAAGUUGUUUGUUGUAGUUGUACAUCCCCACCUUUGGAUUCUUCAUUUGACGUUUGUUUGUAUAACUGAACCUAACAAGCAGUCUCAGCUCACUGCUGCUUAAUGAUAAGACUAAGACUACUACGACGACUCGGUUUCUUCGGUAUCUAUGUAUGUGUAGGCUUCCUGUAUUUUGGAUUUGAGUAAGAGAAAGAUAUGAAGUUUCCUCAUAUUUCUGUC